CAGCCGUAAACGUGUAAUUACCAUAAUACCCCGAGGGAAAAUUAGGGUUUUGCGAAGAUAUAUAACCUAUAUAAUAGUCCAACUCCGCCUCACAUUGCUCCCUUCACUCGGCAGCAGCACAUCUCGAAACCCUAGCAGGUAAGGAUUUGAAUAUCGAAAAAUGGUGGAGAAGACCAAAGGAAGGAAGGAAGAGGUUGUCACCAGGGAGUACACUAUUAACCUCCACAAGCGCCUUCAUGGCUGCACCUUCAAGAAGAAGGCUCCUAAUGCUAUCAAAGAAAUCAGGAAGUUUGCCCAGAAGGCUAUGGGCACCAAGGAUGUCCGAGUGGAUGUUAAGCUAAACAAGCAAAUUUGGAGCAGGGGGAUCAGAAGUGUCCCAAGGAGGGUCAGGGUCCGCAUUGCUCGCAAGCGUAAUGAUGAUGAAGAUGCAACUGAAGAGCUUUACUCCCUUGUUACUGUUGCUGAGGCUCCAACAGGGCUUAAGGGACUUGGUACCCUAGUCAUUGAAGAAGAUGAUGAGUGAUUUACUUCUAGUUUUUUUAUUGUAUGCAAUAGAUUUUUGCAAAGCCCAGAGUGUUGAGACUUUUUUAUUACCUAGUUGCUUUGACGUCAUUUAUCAUGCUUCAAUUCUGCUUUUGUUGCUGAAGGAUAAUACAGAUUUUAAUAUUGAAAGUAUUGUUGCAUUA